AUUGAUCUCAGGAAAUAGCAAUGGGAGGAGAGCAAUUCGAGCUAGAGGAAGAUCGAGACGGACCAUUGGAGCUGUUGCAGAGCUUGAGAUCUAAAGCGACGGAGCUUCUCAUUCGGGAAGAAUGGGAAGAAUCUAUAAAAGUUUACACGGAGUUCAUCGAUCUCUCUCGGAGGCAACUCUCAAGUACUGGUGGAUCCGACCCGGAUCCGGAUUCGAUUGCUAAGCUCCGGAGAUCUCUCUGCUUGGCUCUAUGUAAUCGAGCUGAGGCAAGAGCUAGACUACGAGAUUUCUUGGAAGCAAUGAGGGAUUGUGAUCAAGCACUUGAAAUCGAAAAGACUCAUUUCAAGACUCUUCUUUGUAAAGGUAAAGUUUUGCUUGGAUUGAGCAAAUACUCAUUGGCUUUGGAAUGCUUUAAAACGGCUCUGCUCGAUCCUCAAGCGAGUGAUAACUUGGAGACUGUUACUGUGUAUAUGGAGAAAUGUAAGAAGCUUGAGUUUCAGGCAAAGACUGGCGCUUUCGAUUUGUCUGAUUGGAUCUUAAGUGGGUUUCGUGGGAGAUGUCCUGAGCUUGCUGAGUUUACUGGUUUGAUUGAGAUUAAGAAAUCUGAGCUUAGUGGGCGUGGAUUGUUUGCUACGAAGAAUAUUGUUGCUGGGACUUUGAUCUUAGUUACAAAGGCGGUUGCGAUUGAGAGAGGGAUCUUAGGUAAUGGAGAGUCUGGCGAAAAAGCGCAGUUGAUAAUGUGGAAGAAUUUCGUUGAAGAGGUUACUGAAUCCGUGAGGAAAUGCGGUAGGACACGUCGCCUUGUCUCCGCUUUGUCCACUGGACAAGACGAAGACAAUCUGGAGAUUCCAGAGAUAUCUCUCUUUAGGCCUGAUGAAGCAUUUGAAACCUGUGGUGACUCGAAACAGAGUUUGGAUACUGAGAAGUUAUUGAGUAUCCUGGAUGUGAAUUCUCUGGUGGAAGAUGCAGUUUCGGCUAAAGUUAUGGGGAGGAACAAAGAGUAUUACGGUGUAGGGCUAUGGACUUUAGCUUCAUUCAUCAACCACUCGUGUAUCCCUAAUGCAAGACGUCUCCAUGUUGGAGACUACGCGAUUGUUCAUGCCUCGAGAGAUAUCAAAGCCGGGGAAGAGAUAAGUUUUGCUUACUUCGACGUGCUUUCUCCAUUGGAAAAGCGGAAAGAGAUGGCUGAGUCAUGGGGAUUUUGUUGCGGAUGCAGUAGAUGCAAGUUUGAGAGUCUUUUGUAUGUUACCAACCAAGAGAUAAGAGAGCUUGAAAUGGGUUUAGAGAGAGGCGUAGAUGCAGGACACGCGGUUUAUAUGGUGGAAGAAGGGAUGAAGAGAUGGAAGGUAAAAGGGAAAGAUAAAGGGCUGUUGAGAGCAUCUUAUUGGGGAGUUUAUGAUGAGAUUUAUAACUCGGAGAGACUUAUGAAAAGAUGGGGAAGGAAGAUUCCAACAGUGGAAGUGGUGGUGGAUAGUAUCUCUGAUGUUUCUGGAAGUGAUGAGAGAUUGUUGAAGAUGGCUGUGGAAGGGAUGGUGAAGAAGAAUGGAGGUUGCAGUAACAUUGUGGAGAUGGAGAAAAUCUUAAAGCUAGGGAAGGGUGUUUAUGGCAAAGUGGUAUCGAAAAAGAAGGCAAUGAAGACUCUUCUUGGCCUAGAGUGAUAAGUAUUUUGCAAAAUGUUGGAACUAAUUGCUUGUAGGAUCCAUAGAGAUAAUAGCCAUUUUGGUUUUCUGUAAUUCCUUGCCUCGUGGAAGAAAACAUCCAAUGAUAU